AUGGGGAGCGUCGGUGUCCUCCACACCUCAUCUCUGGAUCACGCUUCCUACAUCGACUACCAGUCGCUCACGUCUGCCAGCGACGAGGGGGAGGACGAUGCCUGCUCCUCGCCAGCCAGCUCGGACAAUCCCACCGACCUGAUGGCUCCCGGGGAAAAGACCUCCUUCGAUGUGGGCGCCUCCGCCCGGGGCGCUCCCCUGCCGGGGCCUGCCAUUCCCAUGGCCGCCGAAGCCGAGGAGGAGGAUCUGGACAAUUAUUCAUUCAUCGACUCGCAAUCGUCCAGCUACCUAUCAUCGGAUACCAGUGAUUCGCCCCUCCCGACCAACAAACGUCGAGCUUCCUUCACUGCGACUUCAUACACGGCGGCCGUGGUUCCUGGCGGCAGCGGCCGUGCUGCCGGACCGGAUGCCCUGGCCGGCCCUCCCUCCAAGAUGGUUGCCCUGUCUCUCGGGGCAGCCGAUGCCGGCCUCCCGCCUCGGCCACCGGGGGGGGAAUUCUUGCGAUCGUCCGCCGUCCCCCUGCGCAGCUCCAGCCAGCAGCUCUUUCAUCCCGACCAAACGGCCGCCCUUCCUCCCUCCGGGCCCGGCAGCGGGUCGACCACCCUGGACCGGGUCUUCUCCUCCGAGCAGCUGACCGCCACCGCGUCGGCCCACUGUAAUACGGACUUUCUGGAGGCCGCGCCCCCGGCACCCGUCGUGGUCUCCGGCGCCAGCACGCCCACCUCCGGUUCCAGCUCCUUUCAUCACUCGCUCAGCCAGGGGUCCACCCCCAUGGCUGACUUGGUUUCUCCGAUGAUUGGCUCUCUGGCGGUGGCCCCGGUGGCCGACCACCCCGGGGCCGUCUUACAGGGCGCGACCUCCCUGCAGGCAUCGCCGGUGUCUGACCACCUAUAUGACGAAAUCGCCAUCGGCUACGACCCGGUUGGGUUCCCCGGCGACCCGACCUACCCCCGGUCGCUGUCCGGCGAGCGUCUCUUCCAUCACCACCACGAGCCCCUGCAUCACCACGAGCACCUGCACCAUCACCACUCGGCUCCCUCUUCCUAUCCUCCCUCGCCUUCAUCCCUGUCGUCCACCCUGCCGGACUUCGCCACCGAUGAGACCUUCCUUCCGCCCGGGGUCUUGCUGGACAUGGACGAUCCAGCCGGCGGGGGCCAGUCUACGGGCUUUGGCUCCUCGAGUGGACUCUUCCUCCAGGAUGGCGACCUGUCAGGCCUAUCGCCGAUGCCGGUCUCUCGAUUGGUGUCCACGGGGUCCAUCCUGCAGGCGGUCAAAAUCCGCUCCGGCGUGGCUUCGGCCAUGGUGUCCGUGUCGGCCGGUGCCUUCGGUUCCGACAAUGAGGCUGGCUUUGAAUCCUGCUCGGACACCAGCUGCGGGCCGGACCUCGAUCCGGGCCUCGGGGAGAUGAGCACCAGCCAAUUGGAUGCCCCCGUGUCGCCGGGAUCCGCAUUGGCCAUCAGCCGGCUGUUCGAUUUCGACGAGUUCGUUGCCGAGCUCGAGGCCGGCCCCCAGGAAGUCCAUCGGGAGGCUCAGAUCCCCUCGUCUCUGAUCGACAGCAGCGAUGGUCAUGCCAAUGGCGAUGACGAUGGCGAUGACGAUGAUGAUGACGAUGACGACGACCUGGAGGAUGGCAACGAGGAGGACGACGAGACCGAGGACUUUGACGACAUCCAGGGCGAGUACGAGGAGGAGGAAGAUGAAGCGGAUGACAUUGCCGCCGCCGAGUAUGCGGCCCUCCUGCACGAGCAGAUGUCCCCCGAUGGGUCGGACGCCGAGUCGGAUGGCGCUUUCAUUCCUUCUUCCAAUGCCGAAGGCUCGCCCGUCAGCGACGACCAGCACAUCCUGAUUGGUGUGCUGGCUGCGCAGGAUGACGAUGGUGAUGAUGAUGAUGCUGAUGCUGAUGAUGGUGGCGAGGAGGAGGACGAUGAGUUCACCGCCUCCUCGGAGUUGGAUGUCUCCGGGGAUGAGCUUGCCCUGGCUGCUGCUGCUGCUGCUGCCACCACCAUCCUGGACCGGGCUAGCUCGGACGACGAUGAUUCCGACAUCGGGUCACCCGGGUCCGAGGUGGAGUUCCUCCUGCUCCAGGGCCAUGGGCACCUUCUGCAUGACGUCGAACUUGCGCCGCUGGGGUCCGGUGGCGGGGGUGACUCGGACAUCGAGGCCACCGGCCUGGUGGCCCUGCAAGGCAGUGAUUCCAGCGUCGACGUGGGCGUUUUCUCCUUCAGUUCAGAUCUCGACGAGGAUGGUAGCCUCAGUCGAGUCAUUACCUCGGCCAUGGCGUCAGCCUUGACAGGCCGCCAGUCGGAGGCGGCCGGUGCCUCCGAAUCGGACGUCGACAUCGAGUCCUCCUCAAGCACUCUGGAUUGCAGUUCCAGUGACUCGGAUGGCAGCGACGAUGGUGACAACGACGAUGACGGUGAUGACGAUGAUAGCAUCCACCCAGUUACACUUGUUGUCAUCGGUUCUCUGGCCGAGCACGUGGGCCUCCUUCGGCGCUCGUCAAUCAUCAGCAUCGAUGAUACAGCUGGCACUGACUCCCCGGCCAACAUUAUUGUCGACUUCGACGUGGACUCCAGUUAUGGCGGCCUGUCGAGUGCCGACGAGGUAGAGCUGCUGUCGGUCAGCCGGGUGGUUCCGGACGAGGAGCCUGAUGUCGGGUCGAUUGGCCAUGCGCUCAUGGCCUCUUCGACGUCUGGCGGGGAAGCCGAUGCCCCGGAGCCCAUGCUGGUGCUGCUGGAUGACGGCUCGCACGCCGGAUCGGACAAUAACCCCUCGGCUCCAGGCGGCCGGGUUGUGGACCACCCAUACUCGCGGUCGGACCAGUCUUCCGAUGAGUCGGGCGAUUUCAUCGACAGCUCUGAUGCCAGUGACUCUGAGGCGGAGUCAUUCAUCAGCCCUGCCAUUGGCAUCCCGCUGUCGCAAUUGGACGGCCCGGCGGCCGACGUUGCCGGUGAUGGCGCCUCCCUCCUGGUGAUGGAGACCAUCCCCGGGUAUGCGGUGGCGGUUGGUGGCCUGGGCACCGCGUCUGACGGAUCGUGCGGCACCCACAACAGCGACAGUGGCGGCAGCAGCAGCAGCAGCAGCAGCGGCACCAGUGAUGGUGAUGAGGAUGACAGCGAUUCCGGCUCCGGCAGCGAGUAUGACUCCUAUGAUUCCUAUGAUUCGGAUGCCUCGUCCAGCGGGUCGGAUUUCGAUGACGAUGACGACAACUACACCCAGCAGCUCCGAGCCACUGUGCUUUUGACGCCGGCCCUGGCUUCCGGAUCGUCCUUCCUGCCGGAGGCCGGCGGCGCUGGCAGCUAUGGGAGUUUCUCUCGGCCCGGAAGCCGGCCGAAUGGGCCGCGCGGCCUUUCGGUAUCGGCGGCCAUCGGGGCCAAGUCCCUUGGCAGCCCGCUCCUAUCGCCGGAUCCCUUUGCCUCCUUCCCGGUGGACUUGGUCGGCGGGGGGGUCGGCGCUGGGGCGGAUUUGGCCCGCUCCCCCAGCUUCACAUAUGUUGCUCCGUCGGGUGGCGUGACGCACGCCACCGCGGCGGAUCUCUUCAACAUUGUCCGAUCCACAUCGGCCGGAGCCGGGGCCGGGGGCUUCGCCUCGUCGCUGCUUCUGGCCACCGAGCCGCUUCACAUGCAGGCCACUUCGCUGCCCCCGGCGGCCGGGGGUCUGGCCGGCCGGCGCAAGUCCAUCUCGGCGCCGGUGUCGCCCAAGCGCAUGGCGGCGGCCCUGCGUGGCCUGUCUACCACGGCGCUGGACCUGCCGCCACCUCAAUCGCUGUCGACGCCACCAUCGCCGGUGUCCCGGUCUCGGCGGCCCUCGGUGGUGGCCGGCAUUGUGUCGCUUGCGCCGGCGGCGCUCCCCGCCGAGGGGGAUGGUGGCCCGCACAUUGUGCCGAUCAACCCCUCCGAGGGCCCGGUGCUGGCUUCCUUGCCAGCCGCACAUUCCUCCACAUCCUCUUCCGGUCUCUCCUCCUCGGAUAUUGAGAGUGACUCCUCCUCCUCGGAUGAGGCACCCAUGCCGGGACCCGUGCCCGAGCCGGAGGUCCUGGCGGCGGCCGGUCCCCAGCCCUCCUCGAUGGCGUCCGCGUCAGUAGUCUCCAAGGAGCCGGCCUCCGAGGCGCCGGUCCCCGAGGCGCCGGUGCCCGGGGUGCCAGCCCCUGCGCCGCCGGUUGCCAACGCCGACAAGCCCAACGACGGGGCCAAGGCCACGCCCAAGCCGAAGGCCGCCCCGAAGUCAAAGGCCCCCCCCAAGCCGAAGGCCGUCCCCAAGCCCAAAGCCACUCCCAAGCCGAAGGCGGCCGCUGCCAAGGGCAAGGCCGCCUCCAAGACCGAGGCCUCCGCGGCUUCGGUGGAGGGUGCUUCCCCUUCGGCGGCGGCCCAGACCGUCGCCUCGACCAUUGUUCCUGAGCCGGUGAUGGGCCCGAGUGCGGCCACUCGGGCUUCUCCACCUGCCGGUGUGUCGGCCCCGACGCCUGCGACCCUCAAACCCACUUCCAAGGAGGCCGCCGCUCUCAAGGCCGAGACAGCACCCAAGGGGCCCGGUCGUCCGCGGAAGAAGGAUGCCCUUGCGCCGCCCCCUCCGGCUCUGGGCAUGGUUUCCCGGCGCCCGGGCCGGCCGCCAUCGGCCUCCAAGGCCGGCCGGGCCACCGGGCCCGCGGCCGCCCCGGUCGAUCUGCCCGCCUCCUCCCGGGCACCCGGAUCGACGCCACUUGACACAUCUGCCGCUGUCCGUUCACCUCCGCCGCCCAUUCAAACCUCCUCGCUUGGCUCCCCAUCGUGGACCGGCUCGCCGGUUGGUGGAUCAUUUUCGCGCCCCGCGUCGCCCGGCGUCCCGGUUGGCGGAUCCUUCGAGGCCAGCCUGACCCGGUCCAUCCGGCGAGUGCUCUCGAUCGACAACAUGGCCGAGGCUUUCGGGCUGCUGGCCGUGGCGGUGGACCGGCAUAUGGCCCUGCUGCACUGGUCGGAGGAGAGUCCCAGCAACAGCCCCCCCGGGCCGGAUCCUCUGCUAUUGGCUGUGGCCCGAGCCAGCCAGAGCCAGCUCCUGUCACUGCACCAGUUUGUCGACACCCAGCGGCGCCUUGCUCGGCGUGCCGGCUCGCCCGCCAGUGGUGUCCUCUCUCCGGCCGGCGGCCGGUCGGUCGGCGACAUUGACAGCGGCGAUGAGGACCUCGACAUGGAGGACAGCGCGCCCAGCGAUGAUGAGAUUGACAUCGAUGCCGAUGACUUCUCCGAAGCGGAGGUCCCAGUGUCACCGGUGUCGCCGGUCCCGCCGGUCCCGCCGGUCCCGCCAGUCGUGCCGGCCGUGAUGGAUGUUGCUGCCUCCUCGGUGGCGCGCGCCCCGGCCCGGCCGACUGGGCGUCCUGCCGGUCGGCCGGCCACGCGGCCGACCACCGCCACUCGGUCGACUGCGCGAGCGGUGUCGCCCAUUCGGCGUGCUGCCAGCACGGCGGCCAAUGCCCGACUGUCUCAGAUGGCCGAUGACCUGAGUCGCGAGGAGGCCGCCCAAAUGGAGGCUGCUCGCAAGCAGGCAGCCGGUUCCCGGUCGCGCAAGGGCAGCCGAGCCCACACGCCGGAUCCGACCAGCGCCGCUGGCACUGUCCCGGCCACGGUGGAGACGGCGCCGCGCUCCAGUGCCGGGCGUUCGCUCGCCGCACAGCGCUCGGCGGCCAAGGCGCGGCUGGGGGCCGAGGCUGUCGCGUCGCCCUCGCCCUCGCCGCCGGCGGUGGCUAUCUUGGCAGCGCAGGUCGCCCCUCCGGAGGAGCCUGUGGCCCCGGUGCGUCUUCUCCGCCGGCCACUCCGCCGUGCUCGCGGCGAGGCGCCCGCUCCAGCGGUUGAUCCACCGGUUGUCGCGGCGCCCGUGGCCGAGGCACCGGCUCCCCGAGCCUCCAUCAGCCGCCGAAACGGCACGGCUGAUCAUGAGCCUCCGGCUCGGUCGCCCUCGGUGCCGCUCAAUGAGUGCCCAUAUGCCGCGGCCACUGGGGCCUACCUUCAGCUGGCGCAGACUCUGGCCCUGUCGGCCUCGGCCCCGGGGUCGGAUUCCCUUUCCUCCUCGGGCACCAGCAGCCCUGUUCAUCGGUCGGCCUCGGCCCCGUCGCUUGUUGCCGGCAGCAUGUAUGCCGUCGUCGGGGCGUCGUCAUCCUCUUCGGCUGCUGGCGAUUAUGACAGCGACAUCGACAUCAUGGACUAGCGGCUCGGCACGGCCAACGCCGGCUCCAUGUGUUGCUGGGUUCCGCGGGAUUGGCCCUGCCCUGCCCUGGGCUGGGCGCCCGCGUGUUUGUGUCUUGUCCGGCACGCGCGCCCGCCCGGCUGUCCGCUUGUCCGCGCGCCCACCCACCCACACGACCACACGCAUCACACGCAUCACACACGACCACACACACAUUGUAUCAUUAUCAUUUCGCAGGCCUGCGUGUUUUCUGCGCUGCCUCUCCCCUUCUUCUCUUUUCCCGCGCGGUGUGCAUCCCAGCACUGCCGGCGGGCCUCUGUCCUUGAGUUCUCUCUCUCUCUCUCUCUCCCU